AUGAAAUUCUUCGUGGCCCUCUCGACACUGGCUCUUGUGACAGCCGCCAGUGCUUGCGGUGACGCCCACGACCAUGUUCACGAUUCUCCCGGCGUUCUUCGUAAAAGGCUGUUCCCCCAGGCCCAGUUGACGAAGCCUACAAGGCCUCUGGAAUGGGGAGAUCUGAAUAUCAUUCAUACUACGGACACUCAUGGCAAGUGUUGGCUUCUUGGACACCAGCAUCUUUCGUUCCCGGAGCCUAACUAUAGCGGAGAUUUGGGUGAUUUUGCGAGUUUCGUGAAACACAUGAAGCAGAUUGCCAUUGAAAAAGACGUCGACCUACUCCUCAUUGACUCUGGCGAUCUUCACGAUGGAACCGGUCUAUCUGACGGAUUCCCUGCUGGUGGAAUCGAUGCUCACGAAACAAACCAAUUCCUCAAACAGCUUCCAUAUGACAUUAUGGCUAUUGGGAAUCACGAACUCUACGACUAUAUCAACACAUGGGACAUGCACACUAAUUUCGCUCCUGCAUUAAACGGCCGUUAUCUUUCUUCCAAUGCUAACAUCACAAUUUUCGACGAAAAUAACAACACCGUUAGCGUUCCUGUUGGAAACCGUUACCGCAAGUUCACGACUCGCAAAGGCAGGAAAAUCACGUCUUUGGGCGUUUUGUUUGAUUUUACUGGGAAUGACGUGAAUACUACGGUCCAAGUUGUAGCAGACAUGGUGAAAGAGCAGUGGUUUACUGAAGCCAUUGCGGAGGAACCAGAUGUUUUCGUGCUCGCAGGCCAUAUGCCUGUCUCUUACGACAAUUGGCCAACUGUUUUCAACGCUAUUCGUGCUGUACAUAGUGAGACGCCUAUCAUUAUCUUGGGAGGGCAUACACACAUCCGAGAUUGCAACCAACCUGACGGACGCUCAAUGGCUCUCGAAAGUGGACGAUACAUGGAGACCAUCGGAUGGCUGAGUGCGAAGCUCGGUGAUUCUUCAAAUUCGAACAACAUCACUUUCAGUAGGCGGUACUUGGACCAGAAUCGCGUUACCUACGAGUAUCACACCCAGCAACGUAACCAUUCAUUCGACACUGCUGAAGGCCAAAACAUCACUCAGGGCUUACAGGCGCUCUCAGACAAAUACGAACUGUCGACCUUGUUCGGUAUUGCUCCCCAAGAUUAUACCAUCUCUCGAAACCCAUAUCCCUCGAACGGCUCAUCCCUUUCCUUAUUCAUCAAGGAAGCCGCCCCCUACUCUCUGACCUUCAACAACACCCGUAAAAACACCACCAACCUCAUGAUAACCAACUCCGGUUCACAGCGUUUCGACCUCUACGCCGGGACCUUUGACAAAAACGACCAGAUUGCCGCUAGUCCGUUCCUCGAUGCGUUUAUGUACAUCCCCAAUGUGCAAUUAGGUACUGCUCAGCAGGUCCUGUCCGCGUUGAACGCUGCUGGGGCAGAUGAAAGGCGCAAGCGAGAUUUGGGGUCGGUAUUGCAGCAGAGGGAGGAUGAAUUGUGGAAGAGGGGUUAUGUUGACCGGAGGUAUAUGAAUUGGUUGGAUGAGAUGGACCGAAGACACGAUGGGGCUGUGAAGAGGGCCUCACAAAAUUUGACGUUGGGAUAUGUUACUAGCGAUUCCUGCCCUGGUGUAGGAGAUGACACCCUUCAUGCUCCCCUCGCGUCAUACGAUAUCCCAGACUUCAUCGGUUCCGACGCCCCAUCAACGUCCAACGAUACUCUCAUCGACUUUGUGUUUGUGGAUUUCAUUCAGGACCAGCUCCUAGAAAUCUUGAACGACGUCCAAAAUACCACGACGUACACGGAUUCGGAUGUGGAAAGCUAUACUGACGUGUUGUCAAAUCAGGUAUUGGGCUUGUACGCUCAACAUGCGUGGAACUAG